CUGGGCUUCUGGACGUUUAUCGUCGACUUGGUGAUCAGGCUGCUAAAGACACAAUGCUGUCACUUGCUAGUUGGGUUGACACACGCACCUCAAAACUGAGCUACAACCAGAUGCAGAGCAUGCUGCAGACUGAGUUUGGUGGAAUGAACGAAGUCCUCGCUGAUAUCGCUUUUUACACCAAGGAUGCAAAGUGGCUCAAGGUCGCUCAGCGCUUUGACCAUGCUGUCAUCUUUGACCCUCUGCAGCAAAACGUCGACAAGCUCUCUGGCCUGCACGCCAACACCCAACUACCCAAGUGGAUCGGUGCUCUGCGAGAAUACAAAGUCGGCGGCGAUAAGAAGUAUCUCGACAUUGGUCGCAACGCAUGGAACAUCGUCGUCAACAAGCAUACCUACGCCAUUGGUGGAAACAGCCAGGCCGAGCACUUCCGAGCUCCCGAUGCGAUUGCUGGGUUCCUCACUGACGAUACUUGCGAGGCCUGUAACAGCUACAACAUGCUGAAGCUGACUCGUGAGCUUUGGGCUUUGAACCCAACUGACGCUUCAUACUUUGACUUCUACGAGAAGGCUCUGUUGAACCAUCUUCUCGGUCAGCAAAACCCUAGCAGCGAUCACGGACAUGUGACCUACUUCACGCCUCUUAAGGCAGGUGGCCGUCGCGGAGUUGGUCCUGCUUGGGGUGGCGGUACUUGGAGCACCGACUACAACUCUUUCUGGUGCUGUCAAGGUACGGGGGUCGAGACCAACACUAAACUCAUGGACUCCAUCUACUUUCACACUUCUGAUACGCUCUAUGUCAAUCUCUUCACUCCUUCGAAACUCAACUGGUCUCAGAAGAAGGUUUCUAUUACUCAGACUACUGAUUUCCCCGAAAGCGACACAUCGACAUUUAAAAUCUCUGGUGACACUAGUGAAUGGACCCUCUCAGUGCGUAUCCCAUCUUGGGCCUCCAAGGCCUCCAUCAAGGUCAACGGCCAAGCCGCCAACGUGGAUAUUCAGUCCGGCAAGUACGCUCUGAUAAAGAGACAGUGGAAGUCCGGAGAUACUGUCACGGUUCAACUACCCAUGAGCCUGCACACUGUUGCUGCCAACGAUGAUCAAACUUUGGGCGCUAUUGCUUUCGGUCCUGUCAUUUUGGCUGGCAAUUAUGGCCAGUCUACCUUAAACGGCAAUCCUACGAUAGACCUGGCCAGCAUCAAGCGAAAGGGUAGCACUGGUUUGGCAUUUGGAGCUACUUCUGGUGGUAAGGCUGUUGAAUUGGGUCCUUUCUAUGAUGCACAGGGAUUCAACUACGCUGUUUACUGGAAGCUGAGCGGUAAGCUUUCUGGUUGAGUGUUUUGGUUGUGGUUCCUGGGGCUAUUGUGACUUGGU